CCCGGAUUGCGAAGAAAAUCGGCUCAGCGUCAAGACUUCGGUCGAGGGCGUCGAGUUGAAACAAGCUGGGCAGAGUAAAGCAGGUUUCCUGCACGGCGCUUUUAAGAAUUGGCGACUCGAUUUCACGUUGACCGAUCCCGUUGAGUGUUCGACAUGCCUUGGUUUAGGCCAUUGGCAUUACAAGCAUAGCUAGAGAUAUUGCCAUGUCUGGCAAUCUUGCUCCUUGACGAAUUUGUUUGUGAUAAUGGCAACUCACUAAGAGCGCCUCGUCUGUAACUGUCUCGGUUUCUGCCCUUGGACUCUCUUGGGAACGGAACUCGGAUACAGAUUUCUCUGCGACAAGAUGCAAACUCUUUUGCGGAGCCGUGAGUGGUAGACGUGGUCCAGAAUGACAGCCACAGACAACCGAGGACUUGACAGCCGAGCCACUGUGGCUCACCCUGGUCGGCAUCCACUCCAAGUGGGCCAUUCAGCUCAAUCGUUGGGAAGGACGGUCAGUCGUCGAUGUCAUUCUGCAUCUCGACGCUCUCGGAACAAGCCCAGACGAAGCUCAUCCAUUCAUCUUCAAUCCUUCCGUCGCAAGCUCCCGUAGAUCAGACUCUCUCCUUCCCAAGAUCUCCAGAAGAGGACAUCUCAUCUCAGCUCAGCUACUGAGUUCAGCUAGCCACAGUCACUGGCUGUCACAAUGCCUGAGUCGCGGCACAUAUUCGUCAGGAAAAAGGUGGCCAUUGUUGGCAGCGGCUGUGCGGGAAUCGGUGCCCUCUGGGCUUUGAACAAGACCUAUCAUGAUGUCUACAUGUAUGAAGGCGCCGAUAGGCUCGGCGGCCAUACAAAUACGGUCAUGUACAAGAAGGGCAAGUAUACAACAAUGGUUGAUACAGGCUUUAUCGUCUUGAAUACGGCCACAUAUCCCAACUUUAUCAGGUUUCUGGAUAAAAUCGGUGUCAAGACCGACCCUACCGAGAUGACCUUUAGUGUUUCUCGAGAUCGCGGCGCUUUUGAAUGGGCUGGUUCUAGCUUGACUUCGCUAUUCUGCCAAAGGCGAAACAUUCUCUCACCUAGGAUGUGGAGGAUGAUCUUUGACAUUAUUCGCUUCAACCAAUUUGCCCUGGACCUGUUGAUAAACGACGAAGAGGACAUGUCGGCAGACCUGGGGGGUGAUAUGAUGAACCACGUCUCCCAGGAUGAGACAAUCGGGGAGUACCUGGAUCGUGAAGGUUACUCGGACGCGUUCAGAGACGACUACCUUAUCCCCAUGACCGCGGCGGUGUGGAGUACAAGCCCAGAUAAAUGUUCACUAGAGUUUCCAGCAGUGACUUUGGUUCGGUUUUUAUGGAAUCAUCACCUCUUGUCAACAGUGUCUGCACGGCCGCAGUGGCUCACAUUGAGGAACGGAUCCAGCUCUUACAUCGAUGCUGUCAUGAAGGGCUUCCCACCGAAUCACUUGUUCCUUAAGACACCAGUCAGGAAUGUUUCUACUGAGAGCGACGGCAAAGUGAGAGUUCACCUCGAAAACGGAUCCUCAGCCGUCUACGAUCAUGUAAUUCUUGCGACACACGGUGAUGAAGCCUACGAUAUCAUCAGGCCAUCAGCAACCGAGCAGGAGCGGUCCGUCAUGUCAUGCUUUAAGACAUCACAGAACGAGGCAGUUUUGCAUUCUGACCUGUCCAUGAUGCCAGUGAGACAAAAGGCGUGGACCAGUUGGAACUACCUCACCCUGUCAUCACCAUCAUCACGAAAGGCGAAUAUCGACCAGGUCUCGUUGACCUACAACAUGAAUAUCUUGCAGCACAUCCCUCGCAACACGUUCGGUGACGUCUUGGUCACCCUGAACCCUCUCCACAAGCCCAAGCCGGAGCUGACCCAAGGACGGUACUACUACUCGCACCCGCUCUACACGCCUUCUGCAAUUCGAGCGCAAAAGCUUUUGACGCAUAUUCAAAACACCCGUGGCAUUAGUUAUGCCGGGGCUUGGACCAAGUAUGGCUUCCAUGAGGAUGGCUUCAGCAGCGGACUGCACGUUGCUCAGGACCAUCUUGGAGCAAAGCUGCCUUUCCAGUUUACGGACUCCACCUACAGCAGAGGAAAGAGGCCGCGACUAGGCCUGGCAGACCACCUACUGCGGUUGUUCAUCCUGAUCAUCCAGGUGUUUGUGGUUCAAGUCAUUGAGCGGUUGUUUGGUACGGGAUCUCGACAAAGCCGGCGACCCGUGAACGGCAACAAUGGAAAGAUUGCCAACGGAAAGUACCAAUAAAGGUGAAAAGCUGGGUCAUUUACAAGAACGUGGAGUUUUAUUUGUCAUUCAUGGUUUAUACUGGGAAAACAUGUCAGUGGUUUGGCUAUAUAGCAUGCAAGCGUUGAGAUUGGAAAAACAUACAAACAGACAGACAUCAUUAAUACAUUUGCUAUGUUUCC